CUAGGUAACCUGCGGAGAGCACAGUCAAGCUAACUCUGAUCCUAAUGAGGUUUCUAUGACGGUAACUCAGGUUAUCAUCCAUCCUAAGUAUAUCGAAGCAUCUUCUAGUGGAUACGAUAUUGCUAUCUAUAAGGUUGAGGAUGCUCCUCUAGUAAAUAAGAUGGAGAGGAAGAAGAUCUGGCCUGUAUGUUUACCAGAGAUUGACAGGGAGUAUGCCAAGGAGACAACAUUUGUUGCAGGCUGGGGGAUAACCAAGGAGAGAGAAAUACAUGGUCAAAGAGUGCAAGUGAAGGGCAUACCUGAUGUAGCUAGACAUGCAUCUGUAACUGUCACCAACUGUGAAGACGCGGAUAAUUUUGAAUAUCCUAAAGGAUUAAUCUGUGCUUCGGAACCAGGAAAGGAUUCUUGCCAAGGGGACAGCGGAGGACCUCUGGUUGGAACAGCGCAUAAAUAUUCUGAUGCAAAUACUAAACGAUAUUCUUGGAUAGGAAUAGUUAGCUUCGGAGUUGGUUGCGCGGAGGUUGGGUAUCCUGGAGCCUACACGAGAACAUCUUGCUUCCUCGGCUUUGUGGCCGAAAAGUUUAAUCUAAAAUCAGAUUUUUCGGCGGCCGGCGGGAACCCCAGCUGGUCAACUGAUUGUCCUGAAGGCGCGAGCAGCAGACAAUCCGCCAGACAUAAAAGCUGGUAUAGAGGGAAUGGGAGACCUCGAAGCUCUGUUAGAAAAGGAUCUCGGAAAGACACUAUAAACCCCGUCUCUGAAGAGAAGACCGAACCUAAACCUACAGUAUCCAGUAAUAACACGGAUUCAACUACCGAGAAAUCUCCUCAAUACUUCCCAAAGGAAAACCUUGUUACUAUUCAAGAUUUUGAACCAGAGAAGAAAGAGGAGCAAACAAAAGACGAAACUAAAGCAAAACAGACGAAAAAACAGAAGAUAAGUAAACGGAAACAGAAGAAUAAACGAAAAAACCAAAACAAAAUGAAAAUAAUCCAUGUAAAUUAGCCAUUUUCUUGUCCUACAAUCCUGGUGAUAGAAAUAAAAGUAUUAGGUAUUAAA